AAAAUUUUAAAACAAAAAGGAGAAGAAAAAAAAAUAAAAUAAAGAGGUAAAUUAAGUGCUUUAAAAUCGCGCAACAGCAGCAAUAACAGUUACAACAACAACAUCAGCAGCAGCAACAACAACAACAAUAACAUUAAACAUGACAUUGCCAUGUCUCGUUUACACAAUAAUUUCAAAUUAAUUAAAUAUGCUGGCAAACGAGCCAACCGAAAUUAACAUUAAAAGCCCCUAAACUAAGGUGGUUUUUAUCUCAUCAAUAUGGCUGCCACAUCAGCUGGCCAGCAGCAACAUAAAUUGAAUAUUGUUGCCAAUGCUGAGGCAAUUGCUGGCGAAAUUCAACAUCAACAGCAGCAGCAGCAGCAGGCGCAGCAGCAGCAGCAACAAAUUCAAAUGUUUAAGCAACAACAACAACAACAGCAACAACAUCAGUUUUUUCAACAGCAUCAAACGAAAUUUGUAUCGCGGGUCGUUACAAAUACAACAACAACCAUGCAACAGCAGCAGCAGCAGCAACAGCAACAAAUAUUACCAGCUGGUUUGGUAAAUGGCAAUGGCAACAUGGUGCAGGCAGCAAGUAAUCUGCAACAUCAACAGCAGCAACAGCAACAACAACAACAACAACAACAACAACAGCAACAACAACAGCGAAAUAGUCAGCACGUUUUUGUCUGCCCCACAAGCAGCCCGCAGUUACUUUUGCAGCAACAGCAACAACAACAAGCCAAACAGCGUCACGCGCAAAUAAAGUUGCCAGUAAAGUCAACAUCAGCAACAGGAACUGCAACUGCAACAGCAACUGUUGCUCCUGGUGCUGCUGCUGCUGCUGCAACUCAAUGCCUGCCACAUACAAUUGCAUCGCGUCAAAUGAGUCAGAACAAUCAUCAUCAUCAGCUCUAUGCCAAGAAUGUUGCCAAAGCCAACAACAAUAAUCCAAGUAGACGUCACAACAACAACAACAGCAACAACACCAUUGGCUACAAUGGAAAUUUGGCUCCAGGCUGGCGACGUCUAACCAACAACAAUGAAGUGGCCUACAUCAGUCCCACUGGCAAAACGCUACGCACGCAAUAUCAAAUCAAGGACUAUUUGCUAACACAGGGUACCUGCAAAUGCGGUCUGCCGUGUCCGCUGCGACCGGAAUAUAUAUUUGAUUUCAAUGCUCAGGUACCCAACAUGCCAUUGCGGAUGCCAUCAGAGUCGCCAGCGUCAUCGUCAUCGUCGUCGACGACAUCGUCAAUGGCUUCGUCAACACCUUGCCUACACCAGAGGCGAUUUCUUGAAUCUCAACAACAACAGCAGCCACCAGCAGCACCAGCAGCAGCAGCAGCAGCCAACAUUAUCAAGGAUGUGUCUGAGGCAACAAUGGAAGCUACGACGAUGCCAUCACCAAUGGCAACAGCUGUCAGUGAUGUAUUUUCAACUUUGAUGACAACGAGAACAACAGCAGCAGCAUCAGCGACAUCAGCAGGAACUACAACGUCACCAGCAGCAGCAACAAUAACAGCAACAAGAACAACAUUAAACACAACUUCAUUCGAAUUGGCCAAUAAAGAUGCUGAUUGCCACAAAUAUGGCAAUAAUAAAUUGCCAGCCACAUCCGCAGGGGCAACAACGACGACUGUUGUGCAAUCUAGUCAAGCAUUAGCAGCAGUUGGAGGACCACCAAAACGUAAUACAUCUACAAAUCCCGCCCCAGGUUUAGGUUCAGGUUCAGGUCAUGUGAUAAAGCAGCCAACGAUGACAACAAUGACAUCGUCAACUGCAGUGCUUCCUCCACCAGCAGCUCCGCCUCCGGCACCGGCAGCAGUGGCGACUCCGCCUACUCAGCAACCCAAUUUCAAGGAUGAUCCCGCUGGCUAUCUGCAGCAGCAGACAACUCUGCUGCACAACACCCUGGGCAUGGGCAUGGGAUUGGAGCCAAGCAAACCGAGAUCAUUGCCACAGGAACCCAUUGUGCAUAGCUCGCAACAGCAACAGCAACAACAGCGUCAAAAGAUGCGCCGCCUAUCACUUUUUAACAAAUGGGAGCCAGAGGCUACUGCUACUCCGGUCCAAGCACCAGUUUCGACGGGACCAAUGCCACGUUCUCAUCAGGUUGACACUGCAUUUGCUCGUCCUCAAAAGCCGCAAAUUACCAGCGUUUCAAUUGUGCCCACUGCUCAGGAGUCGCCCGUAUCGAGCAGUCCCCCCGAACAGGUGGGUGCCAUUUCCACCAGCCACGAGAGUCCACGGCAAAGUCUCUCCUCGCCAACGGACUCCCUGGACUCGGCCAAGAGUAAUACCCCUUCACCAUCGCCCAAAUUGCAAGUGCAGCAGAUGCAGCAGCAGCCCCAAACGCAAUUGCUGCAGAUGCGACCCCAAGGCGUGAACCAGACGACCCAAUUGAGGCUAUUGCGUCAACAGAACCAUGCCAUGCCCGGCCAGCGUCUGCCCACCGUGGUCAGUAGCAAUAAUGUCGGGGCAGCCAUAUCAAGGAGCAUUGUGACUACCACAGCGGGAGCCUUGGGUCGACCAAUAACCACCACACAGAGCACAGGAUCCUCGGGAAUGGCUCAGCUGCAGACAAUGGCUGGCGCGUUAGGUGGAGCCAAUGGCGGUAGCCAGUUGAUAAUGACUUCCACGGGACAAUUAUUGGUUAUACCGAACACGGCGGGCAAGCAUCAUCAGGCACAGCAUCCUCACCAGCAACGUGGAGGUCAGCCACACCAAGCGAAUAUGCUGAUUCAGCAGCAACAACAGCAGCAGCAGCAGGCGGCUGAACUGCAUCAUCAUCCAGGAGGUGGCUACAUUGUUAGCCAGCCCACAAAUGGUGGAGCUGCCCACAAUGGAGCCAAUGGAGGCAGCAGCAGCAGCACGAGCAGUAGUAGUAGUAGCACAGUUAUACUUAACUCGGGUGGAGCAGCAAAGUUGUUGCAUCAUCAGAUCAUCACCUCCCAGGCAGGACAGAUUACAGCGACGGCAGGAGGAGCAGGAGGAUCUGCUGGGCCACCAACCCAGACAGUGCUUUUGAAUACCCUGCCAAAUGGUGGCUAUAUUGUACAGCAGCCACAACAUCCGCAGCAGCAUCAACAUCAGCAAGCGGAGCAACUUUUGGCCAUGCCACAACCGGCGGCACCUCCUCCGCCUGGGCAAACAUUAAUAAUUAGUUCGCCGGAGGGUAAAAGGAGGACACGGAAACGUAAAGUUUCCAUAUGCCAUACGCCACCACCACCACCAUCCACCACCUCCUCCGCCUCACCAGUCAAGACUCACUCGCCACAGAUCUCGCCAAGCAUCCCCAGCCAGGCGCCGGCCAUACUCCAACAGGCCGCUGCAGCAGCAGCAGCAGCGGCAGCUGCUGUCUCGGCACCCCAGCCAACUCAUCAGUUCUCCCAUCAGUUUCAACUGAGUCCGGGCAUCCAGGGGAUUGUGGUCAAUAAGCCAUCUCCGCAGUCGGCGCCUCAAACUCAACAGCUGUUGCUCCAGAAUGGCCAAAUAUUGCAGCACGUGAAUCUCAUUGGCCAGCAAUUGCUUAUGCCGGCGGGUCUUGUCAUGGGACCGGAUGCUACUCUUCUGCAGAUCCAGAAUAUGCCCACCACGAGUCUACUGACCCCCCAGGGGCCAGUCAUGCUGCGAACGCCUUCGCCCCAGAGCCACAAGCCUUCGUUCAUCUCGCCCAGUGGCGGCGGACAGCAGUAUAUAGUGGGGGCCAAUGGUCAAUUGAGUCCCAUUGGACAGAUAUACUCCACCCCGAUGGGAUUGGUAAUGCCCACGGGCCAUCAACAGGGCGGCACCUCCUUCGUCCAGGCGAGUCCAACGACCACAACCACAAUUCAGAUACAGCAGGCUCAGCAGACAGCCCAACAGGCAGCCACCACUCAGAUAAGCCUGCAGCAGCCGCCGCCACACGCCACCACAAGCUAUGUGACUGAAUCUCUUGCUAAUCGACAAGGAACCGCAGCCAGUCCACCGGAUACAACCACAUGCAGUCCCCGUAGUCCGGAAAGGCCGCCCAGUCAUCGGAGCAGUGGCAGCGAUAUGGUCCAAUGCGUGUCCAGCUCGGAACCGGAUGCAGCGGUUUCGCCACAAAGUGUCGAGAGUCGUCAGUCGCCCUCCUCCACUGACUGCGAGCGGAAUUCCAUUGGCACCACCAGCAAUCUAAUGUACAAGCCCACGGAACCAAAGAUUCGACGUAUACACAUCACAUCGCAAGCACCCACUGAGAAUGGAAGGAGUCUUAUGGGUCAAGGUAUGCGAUUGGUUAAUUCCACUUCCACAUCCAUGUCCAUUAGCUCAUCUGCAACAUUAACCACGACGGCCAACCGUCCUCUAAUGCACCAUCACCUAAACACUGCUCCAGCUACUAAUAGCCAUCCCAGCGCCGCCUUACUUCAUCAUAAACAUAAAGUAGUUAGCGUUGAUUAUAAUCCGGAAUCGCCCACAACCACUCAGCAGGCAAUUUCGGAUGCGGCCCCGGCACCAGAAGCGCGUAAAACGGGAAUCCACAUUAGAAGGGAACCCACAAAACGAUCACGUCGUCCCCAGCGCGGUGCCUUGGCCCGGGGAACGGCCAAUAUUGGCGGAAUAAUGUUGCCGCCACGUUCGUUUGCCAUUGGCGAACUGAUUUGGGGACCGGCACGUGGACAUCCCGCAUGGCCAGGUAAAAUCGUCAAGAUGCCCGAUGGCGUGUGCACCCCAUCCCAGCAAUUUGAUCAUGUCUGGGUUCAGUGGUUCGGCGGCGGCGGUCGUUCCACAUCCGAACUAAUUCCAGUCAACUCGCUGCAAAGUCUCUCUGAGGGCUUGGAGGCGCAUCACAAGGCCCAAAAGGAUACCAGAAAGAGCCGCAAACUGAACUCGCAACUCGAGCGGGCUAUACAAGAAGCAAUGACUGAGUUGGAUAACAUUUCAGCCUCCUCGUCGCCCGGUGUCGCCACCGGUACAACAGCGGCCGUUACCGUGACAACAACUGCUAUUCCAUCAGCAACAACCGCAACUGGAGUUUCAGUAAUUGGUGGACACCAGCAACAGCAGCAGCAGCAACCUUCCUCAACCAACAGCAACAACGCCAAGGCAAAUGGAGUGGUGCGAGGCAAACGUCAGUCUAACAACACAAGUGGCAACGGUAGUGGUGGUGGUGGAGGAGGAGGAGGAGGUAAUGGCGGUGGCGGUGCCAGCAUGCUACUGACUCCCAGCACGGCGGCAACAUUGAGUGGCCUCUUCAGUCAGCAACGAGCCAAACCUAUACGAAUUGCUCCAGCACCUCCAGCGGUUGCUGCUGCAACAACAACACCAACAGCAACAACUGCUGCUGCUGCUGCUGCAGUAGCAGCAACUGGCAACGUACUUCCACAUGGCAAGGCAGAUAUCUUGAAGCUGACCAAAUGACCGGAAUUGUCGACGUUCUCGUCGACAUUAACCACCACCACAGCAAACUAUACGCUCAUCAUUGGGCAUAAGUAGAGGCAACUGUCCGGACACGGCACACAUACAUACCAUACCCAAUAUCCUAACAUAAGAGUAAGCGUGUAGACCUUCUCAGUUGGUAGAAGAGACAGACCCCAAUUGUGUUUUCCAUCCACCACCACGACCACUCCAAUCCAAUCCAAUCCUGUAUUGUCCUUCUCUGCUGGCUUGCUUGCUUGCGGUGCGACAAUGCCCCAUUCUUGAAAUAGACAAUAAAAUAAACAACAACAACUACAUUGUUAUAAACAAAAAGAAAAAAGA